AUGCAUUUACAAAUAAAUAAAUACAUAUAUAUGUAUAUAUAUAUAUAUGUGUGUAUCAGUGUAAAGGUGAAAAUGAACAAACAAAAAGUGUGGACACGAAAAUCGGAGAUGAACGACGCCCUCCAUCCCGCCCUCGGGGUGCCUGUCCAUCACUUGGUAACACGGCAAAAAGGGAAGAAGCAAAUUUCUUUUAUCUCCCAUAUCACAUCCCCCACACCGUCAGUGUAUGUGUUUCUCCUUCAAGCAUUUCCGUUCCUUCCUAUACGCAUGUGUGCACACCCGCGCACGUGUGCCGUGACACAUCUGGCCAACUUGUCUUAUGCCCCUUGCGGUAAAAUACGGAAGAAGGAGCUUCGCCCCCUCUUCGCCUCUUCACCUCCGCCCAGCCGUCAAUGUUAUACCCUCUGGAGGCAGCGACGCCGACACGGCACCACGGCCGCCACAGCAUUACAGAACAACAGCAACAAAACAUACAAACAGAAAGAAGAAUGA